AAUUUGAAUCACGGAAACUGCUUCCGCUACGUUAGCUAAUGCUAGUGUGUACAUUCAUGGCUAACUAGAAACCCUCCUUUUGCACACAUUAGCUAAACAGGUGCAUUUUAGGUAUGAAUAACGUGGACUGCAACAAUGUAGCCACCUUUCCAAUGAUGCACCACUAACGGUAACACCGAGACAUUGAGAUUGUGUCUGCUGACUAUGAACUCGUUAUCUUCACAUCCGCAAGCAGCAACUAGCUCAGCAUGCAGGGUACUGCCUGGGGAGGGCAGCCAGGUGCAGCCCAAAGCUCCUCUUCUGCAGAUUUUGCGUGUGGCGGGAGCUCAGGAAGAGGUUUUCACUCUCAAGGAGGUCAUGCACCACCUGGGCCAGUACAUCAUGGGAAAGCAGCUGUAUGACAAACAAAGACAGCACAUAGUCCACUGUCAGGACGACCCUCUGGGAGAGCUGCUGGAGGUGGAGAGCUUCUCUGUUAAAAACCCCAGUCCAGUCUACGAGAUGCUGAAGAAGUACUUAGUUGUGCUGAAUUGUUCUGACGCUGCAGAGAGUCAUUCUGUGGGCCGUGAGUGUGUUGAGGGCGGAGUGGAGGAUCGCGGUCAGGUGUGUGGGGGUGUGGCCAAGGCAGGUGUGGGUGCGGUCAGUGACCGUCCACUCCCCCUGCAGACCCCUUCUCAGAGACGACCUCGCGAGCCUGAUGAAGACUCUCUGGAUGGCCUGCCAAGGUCAGCCUGCAAGCGGCCCAAGCUGGAUGUCACCCUGGAUGAGUGGGACCUCUCAGGCCUGCCCUGGUGGUUCCUGGGUAAUCUCCGCAGUAACUACAGCCGCAGAAGCAACGGAUCUACCGACAUCCACACUAACCAACUGUCUGUGACCCAGGAGGAGGACACGGCCGUCGUGUCGGACACCACGGACGACCUGUGGUUCCUGACGGAGGGCGAGAGUGAACAGGUGAGCGUGGAGAUGAAGGAGGAGGGCAGCGCAGGAGAGGGGGAGUUCCCAGCUGACGAGGAGGAGGCUGGAGGAAAAGAGGAGAAGGCUGAUAAGGAGAUGGAUGAGGAGCUUGAUGAGGAUUCCCAGUGUCUGAGUGAUGAUACAGAUACAGAGAUCUCCAUACAGGAUGCGUGGCAGUGUUCAGAGUGUAAGAAGUUCAACUCUCCUCUCCAGCGCUACUGUGUACGCUGCUGGGCCCUGCGAAGGAACUGGUACAAGGAUGUCCCUCGAUUGGCCCAUUCCCUCUCUGUCCCCGACAUCCCAGCAUGCAGCGCUCUCAGCCAGCACGACGAGGAGGAGGACAGCGACACGGGCGUCGACGUGCCCGACUGUGUCAGGGCCGUGUCCGACCCGGUCAUCCUGCCCUCCCACUCCACGGCCGAGCGCCCUCUGCCCCCCGGGGGGGCCGGGAAAGGUAAAGGACCCCGGCCGGCAGGGGGCCCCAGGGAGGAGCAGCUCUCGGAGAGUCAGGAAAGCCUGGGGAUGGAGGUGGAGGCUAGGCCCGAGGCCCUGCUGGAGCCCUGUAAGCUGUGCAGAGUGCGGCCGCGGAACGGCAACAUCAUCCACGGGCGCACGGCUCACCUGCUCACAUGCUUCCCCUGUGCCAGGAGGCUGCACAAGUUCCAGGCCCCCUGCCCCGGCUGUGGACAGAUCAUACAGAAGGUCAUCAAGAUCUUCAUCCUGUGAGACAGGCAUGCACACACACAUGCAUGUGCACAUGCAUACAUACAGACACACACACACAUCACCUUUUUAUUUCGAAACAUGCCAAGCAGCACUAUACAAACAAAACACUGCAAUGUCUGAUGGUCUUCUUGCCAAAUGUUUAGAAGGAAUACCUUAAAAAAAAAAAAAAAAAACCUUCGCAAAUAUGAAUAUAUUUUUUCAUAUUUGCCGAUAUGUUUUGUUUUCUAAUUUGCCUAGUCAGGCUGUCUACCAUUGGUCAGUAGUGAGAGCUUCUCCAAUUGGUUAAUGUUUGUACCGGUAAGCCUGAUUCCAUUUAAUUAUCUAUUUAUUUGUAUUUAUGGUUUUUAUUUUACUUAUGCAUGUGGUCAAUACUCAAUGAACGGCGCUAUAGGGGCCAAUGUUCUGGCUAUAGAAACACUGCACUUGGGCUCCAGUAAAUUCCAGACUUGUUCUGGUCUACUGCCUACUAGCUUCAACCUGUUGUCAACAGAAAAGACAAGUCGCAUGUUCUGAUGACUUGAGAUCCAAGUUGCCAGCUAGUUUUGUGUUUGCAAACAUGUGUCCCCUCUUACUAGAGUAUGGUCACUGAACUAUGAAGGGGACUAUUGUCAGCACAUAUAUAUGGAGGUUUGAAAGCGUUACACUGCCAAAUGUAAUGAAUACAAUGAUUGUUUUUUGUUUUGCUAUUGAAAUGCUUUUUUAAGGUGAACUUUUGCAUCCACCUAAAUCCAAGGCAAUUUAUUUUAGUUAUAUGCUAUUCCAUAAUUUGAUUGGUGGCACUUAGACCUAUCUAGCUAGAUAUUCUUUGUUUAAGAGUUAAGUUAUUGAAUGAUGCAAUGCUGCUGCUGCUUUGCUUCACCUCAGUAAAUUAAUUGUGUGUGUGUAUAUAUAUACAUAUACAAAGAAGUUUUGUCUUCAAAUGAUUUCUUCAGAGCUCUAUAUGGCCUGUCCUCUCCUGUGGUACUGCUCCUCUGACAUGUUCCUGUCUCUGCCACCGGGUGGCGCUGUGUAGGGGCUUUCAUGCCUGUGUUCUCAAGCUGUUCAGUAUUAAACCUUAUAUACUUAAUAGCAUAACUCAACUGCAGGCUGUGAGAAAUGACAACCUGCCCGUCACUUCCCCAGACCCCUGCCGUGGGGUCACGAGAAACAUUCACAGACGGUCUGAAGUCUGGUGCUCCACAUGUGCCAGAAUGCUUCUCAAAAUCUGUUCUAUCUGCUUAUGAUGUCAAGCCUUAUCCUAUAUGUAACUGACUUAUGAAUAAAGUAAUUGAUAACCAUUCAAA